AUGGCGUUCUUGCACGGCGUGAUUAAAGAUGUCCACAAUAAACAGCCUUACACUGUUGGUAAAGAAGGCUUAAAUGGUGUUGUUAGUGAGCUUCAACGUAAAUUAUGUUCAGGCCAUGAUGGUUUUAAGAGAGUCAUUGAGACUGUGGCCACGGGUGUCGGGAGGUAUAAUAGGGAAGUGGAGAGAUCUAAUGAAGCUGUAAGAAAUAUUGUUACAGGGAUGCAGAAGAAUAUGAAGAGUCUUCAAACUCAGGUGAGUGGAAUUUUAAAGGAUAAUUCUGAUGCAGGUGAGCGGAAGUCAUUUAGUGACGAGGAAGUCAAGAAGAUUCAAGACGCCGAGUCAUUGAUCUACGACAGCUCGAUGAACUGUAUACGCAACGCUGACACAUUCAGCAAAAAUAUGAGAACUGCACUUUUAAACAUAGAUCACCUAAAUCACGAUUUGCGCACUAGGGUAAAUAAUGUUAGAAACACUAUUGCACAUGAACGUGAACGGCUGGACAAGGCAUCCACUAAGCAGUGGAAUGACAUGAUCAGCAUGAAUAAAACCAUUAUUGACACUAUGAAUGCUUUGCAAACAUGCAUAAGAAAGCAUAUAAAGGCCGAAGUUAGUUCCCUGGUUAAUACGUUGAGAGGGAUGGUUCGGAUGAUUAGAGAUAAGUUAGUAGGGAUUGAGAACGAUCUUGGUAAUUACGUUGGCAAGUUGGAAAAUUGGAUUAGUGACGCAGAUAAAAUCGUGAGAGAAUCCAUGGAUGUGGCUAACGGCCUUGAGAAUAGGAGUGUUGCUUGGGGAGCUAAACAAAGUAUUGAGGAUGUUACUAAAGAAAUUACUAGGACGUUUGGGGAGGCGGAGAAGUACGUCAAAGAACUGGUUGGAAAGGCGCUGCAGGCCGUGAAAGAGAUGGACGGGAAGUUAAAGGAGGAUUUGUUUGGGGUGAGGGGGGCGAUUAAAGGGAAGGUGAAGGAGAUUAAUAGGAAGGUGAAGGAGCUUGGGAGUGUGUUUGAAGAGGCUGGAAGCAGUGGUGUCCCAUCUCCGCCGAAAAGUGUUGAAAAGAUUUUCCAGUAUAUUAAGGGACGGCUGGGAGAGGUUGCGGGUGAGGGCAACGGAAGAAAUAACAAAGGUCUCAAACAAAUUAUUACUGGGAUGAACAGCUAUGCCACUACGUUUGUCAAUGGACAACUUGCCACUACAGUGCAGUUGAUAAUUGAGAAGAUAGUAGAUGACAUAGGCGGAGUCAGUGGCCUACGAUCCUACUUGUUGUAUAGUGGUAGUCAGCUAAAAAGCCAGGGUAUUACUCAAUUACAAGACGCGGUAAAGAGGAAAAUUAUGGAGGAACUUAAUAAGAAAAUUAUUACCGCAGCUCAGGCCAGAGCUUUGAGUACUAAUCAAAAUGAUGUUAACGGCAAUUUGGUAGCCGUAAAAACUUGUCUCACUGCAUUUGCGGAGGAGGUUAAUAGUAAUAUGAAAAAUGGUGUACUUAAUUUUACUCAGAUGGCUACGGAUAUUGCAGAACAACUACACAAAGGAGCCGUUAGACCCAAUUCAGCAACUAAUAACUAUGAUCUCGAAGACGCUGUGAAGAUCACGCUCGCUGCCAUCGCUGAAACGGCCAAGCAAAUAGGUGAACAACUGGAUACCUUGAGAACGACGUCAAACAUAACCUAUGUGAAAAACGCUUCACAGGUAGCUAAUGAGUUAUUCGCUAAGCUUAACGCGGCGACUGGGCAACCCAAAGGCACCAACCACGCCCAAGCCGUCGACCAGGCUAUCGAGGCGGUGGGCGCCACGCUCGAGCAGCAGUUGAAAGAGGCAAGCGGUACAGUAACACUUAAUGGCACCACGGAAGAUGUUUUCAAAAAUUACAAACUGCACGUCUCCCAAGAGGAAGAUGCCCUGGCCGCCCUUGCGUCCGGUAACCUCGACGCCGUGAAAGGCACUGAAGGCACACUCCCAACCGCCAUAAACACCAUUGGAGCCCAUGGGCUAGAGACGUUCAAAAACAAAUUAGAAAAGGAUGGCCAGAACAUAGCAGAACCUGUCGGCUUCCUCACGCAGAUCACCAACAAUAUCGACGCUCUCAUGGAGGCACUCGUUCGAACCGGCAAAUCUAUUAACGACAAAUUGGACAAACUAAAAGAUAAGAUGAUUGGUAAGACCAUUGGUGUAGCCACAGCUGCAGCUGAGGAGAGUAGUCUUCAGAAAAUUUGCAACGAUCAACGUAAGUUGUAUAUCUGUUUGCGUGAUCCCAUCCAGUCCGCGAAAGAUUUUCAGAACGUCGCAGAUUCAUUGUUUGAUCAAACAAUUAAUGCAAUCCACGAAUACAUCGACCAACAAGCUGAAGAAGCCAUCUCCACCCUCACCACCCGCGCCCGCCGCAACUACGUCACCUCCGUCAAGCAGCUGCUCACGGCCUUUGCCACGAAGGUCACGCAGGAGCUGCAGCCUUUGCCCGAUCUUAUCAACAAAGAUCUCACGAUUGGCUUCAAGGGGUUUAUGAAGACGCUGGAGGAUGGGACGACGGACGUUAAUAAGAGGGAUAACAGAAAUAUUAGAUUGCUUAGCGAUCUUAAAAAUGCAUCAUCUUCGACGGCUGAUGAGAAGAAAGAAUUUUUCAAAAAAUUGUCAUUCUCUUUCAUGUACUCCUUUGAAUCAGUAAAAGAGUAUCUCCAAGCAGAAAUCACCAGGGCAAACGAGGAGGACAACAAGAAGAAAAAUCCUCCGCCGAAAGGCCCUGAAACUCUAUACACUCAACAGUUUAGUGAUAUUUGCACAGCAUUCGAGAAAUUACUUAAUCACAUUUACGCUAAUAAGCGGUACGACCAUAAAGUCCCCGGACUGCUUGACGAUCUGGAAUCAGCAUUGUCUCAGCUGAAGCCAGUAGAUUUCUCCCUGCCGAAUAGUCCCACACUGGACGGCGUCACUGCAGGACUGGGCAAAUUUACGGGUGAGUUAAGGAAAGCAUAUAUCUCGACUUACGACAGUCAGAAGUUUACCAGUGAUUUGUUCGACGGUAAAUUCGUGCUUACUCCCGACAAUGACGCAGUGGUAAAAUGCGAUUUGAACACGUAUGGUGAAAAGUGCGCGAAAGUCUGUCUUACUGUGCUUCCCACACUUAACACUUAUUUGAAUAAGUUAAGGAGAUACAGUAAUGUCGGUUGGAGUGAGCAUCAAAUUCACAAAUCCACUGACCUUGGAAAAUUCUUCCGCAGUCUAGGUUACGAAAUAUCCCAGGAUGACAAAAAGCACUGGGAGCUGCAAGACAAAGAUACUAUGAAGGGUCAGCAUGUUUACAAACGCCUUGUCGGUACUUACCCUCAUGUUUUCCCCUCUUCAAAAGACACUGAACAUGCAUUUAACGUGAUUGUCAACUGUCUUCCUGCCUACUACCAAGUCGGCCAUCAGGCCACUUUCACGUCCAACAAAUCACCUUGUAACAUCUAUCAGAUGCUCACAUGGUUCUGUGGUCUCCCACAUAACCGUGUUCACAAACAUCUUACAGAUCACAUAUUAAAGCUGUUCUCAAAACCCGAGAAUGUAGACGUCCCGAAGCCAUCCGAUUACGUGCUCCAUGCGUAUCCAUCAGGCUUCUCCGCUAAGAACGUAAUUGAUUCACUUGACCGUGUGUGUUCGAAAUCUCAUGACGUACUUGUUGCAAUCCAAGGCCACGGCCAUGCCGAAGGCAUAUAUGCGUGCGACUUUUAUACAAACGCAGAGAAUUUAUCGUAUCCCAGUAAUAUGGACACAUUACUUUGCCUCUUACUUGAUAUUGCCAAACGCAUUUACCAACAGCUUCACUUCUUGUAUCAACAAUGUACCUUCAAUACCACGAUGAGUGGUUGGUCGGACUGCUGGUAUGGUCACGAUAUUGGUGGUACAGCAUGGCAGUGCAAUACUCUGCAAUGUCCUAACCAAAACGCUGACCAAAUAGGUGACCAAAUGCAUAACCAAAAGGCCAACCAAACAGCUGAGCAAACGUGUAACCAACACCCUAAGUGCGGCUUGAAAUCACCGUUACAAUCCUUCUUAGAGGACGGCUUGAGGUAUUACAUGUCUCACGUGCACUAA